CUGAGCCAAUACGUUUCGCAAAGGCCUUUCUUGUUGCCAUGAGUUUAUGGUGUCCGUGUCUGGAUGGCAUCAACGCACUUGUUUGUUUGUGGCAAAUUUGUUUGCCGGUCAAUCGCACAGGGGACAGCUGCCACGCUUGGUUGUGCCGCGUGCAGAAGGUGUGUCCAAUUUGGGGCACGCACCGCCAAGACGACCAGUGAGGGAUGUAUCUGCAAACAGAUCAUCUAGGCACCUGGCUAAUUUGCUCCCUGCAGUUCUGUGGAGGAAGUCUGGAAGGUGGCUUCGUGCGUGCAGAGCACAAAGAGGGGCCGAAGAGCCGCGCAAGGUAAACAUUUACAAGGAUGUGCAGCCGGCUCAGCCGGAGCCGGCUCAACCCGCCCCAGGUGGUGUGAUCGAAGACGUGGUGUAUGUUUUUGUCAACUCCAAGGAAGACAAGGCUGAAGCCAUGUCUGACGAUGUCCUUGAUCGUGUGAACACUGUGACGAGGGCCCAUCAAGGCCUUUACAAGGUCCCAGAGGGUGUACCUGAUACAGAGCAUGGUGUUGGUGCCAUCACUGGUGCUCUCACAUCUUUUCCUGCGGAGCACGUCUUCCAGGUUGUGGGCAAGACUCCCAGCGACGCUGAGAGAGAGGAGUUCUUGAUCGAGGUAAAGGGGGCUGUGCAAGCACACACAGCGGAGCUUCGGGAGGAGGGUUUGUCUGUCCAGAGCCGUAUGGGUGGAAGAUAUACCUCCGUCCAAAUCCGGCAGACCAUCCACCUGGCGGAGCAAAUCAAUGCAGUCUUGGGUGCACUGAAGAGCUUGCCGAAGGUGGUCAUGUGUUUCUGAGCAGCUGGUUGUAUGUUGCCAACCUUUGGACUCUGUAUGUUGGAUCUCUGGGUUACUGAGGGCAGUUUCGAUCUACAGUAAAUGAAGUUUCAUGAAGUCCUUGGAAAGAUCCUUGGACCCUAAGGUUCUCAGAGGCACUGUUAGAUAAAUUUCAGUCACAGCGCUUUCUCAGCCCGUGUUCUGACUCUAUUGUUGUUUGGACACAGCAGUGGCUCGGUUCCGACAAAUUUCAUGUACAUAACAAGGUG